AUGGACUCGAAAACAAGAGAUCCUUCACCAAAUGCCUUGAACCCCAUAAGGUCCAAUGGAAGCAACCUUCUUGACUCCUUUGAACUCCAAGCAGUAACACAACAGCUUAACCGCGCUAUCCGUGCCUCGAAUGGCUUGUCGUCUUCUCCUCGUUUAUGCUACCUCGUGAAAUCCCCGUUCUAUCUCAGUCGAAUGGAUCGGAUAUAUAAAGAGAACGCAACGAUGUCCAAGAAAAUUUCUUGCUCCAAAAGGGAUCUUGGAGAGGCUCUAAGUGGAAAAGAUGCAAGAGGAGCAAGAGGAUUUGUGCUAAUGCUAUGGAAUAAGCAACCGCCUUCGCCGGCAACUGCCACCACAAAACUCACCUCCAUCGCCGGAUCCACUAUCGCCAUUAGACCUACCACCAUCGCCAACAACCACACAAAUCAUUCACGGCCAGAUCGUAGCUACUGCAGAUCGCCACCAAAUUCGUCAACAUCACCAGAUCCACCGCAAAACCACCUCACCACCGCGGGUGCUGCUGUAAAGCACGACACCCAACCACUGCAGGAGUCGCCAGAGCUGCCGGAGCCGUCUCGUGAUUGUCAGAGGUGA